AUGCGAACAGCUGUGCUGCUGUCGCGACGGUUCGGGCGCCGGCUCAUCGCUGCUGUACGACCGCCGCCGGCCGACCACCAGCUAUGCGCUGACCCAUCGUCGCAUACUUGUUUGUCCACUACUGCGCUUCUCUCGCGUUCAUCGGAGAAAAUGCUGGAAGAAUCGGAGCUAAGUGGCGUACUAAAUCUUACUGGUAGGAAACUUAAAGAAUUUCCGAACAGUAUGGCGUCAAAAUACGACAUGUCUGACCUUGUUUCCGUUGAUCUCAGUGAUAACAGGUUGGUUGAAAUUCCAACAUGUAUCUGUGAAUCUCGUUCGCUUGAAUCGGUUUGUCUUCGUGGAAAUGCGUUAAGAAGUAUACCGUCGAAUAUAGUCUUUCUCCAUUCGUUAACAGUAUUGGAUUUAAGCAACAACAAAAUUGUCCAUUUGCCCUUAGGCUUAUUUGAACUACCACUGGAAAUUAUUCUCUUGACGGGUAAUCGUUUGGAAUCCAUUCCUCGCGAAAUCCGUCAACUCUCCACCACUCUAGCAGAACUGGACGUCAGCUGCAAUUUUUUAAAAUCUGUUCCAGCUGACAUUGCUCUUUUGAAAAUGUUACGAGUUUUGAAUUUACGCAAGAAUUUACUUGAACAGUUUCCGUCAGUCGUUCGCGGUUUCAGAGAGGCUGACUUCGCUCGAUCUGAGCAAUAA